CUUUUGUCAACACUGAAACAUGUACCUACUGAUGUCAGAUUGACAGGCACUAAACGUCAAAAAACAUAACCUUAAUUUAGUUAACUUGCUGGUUUAGUUGUUAGUAAUAGGUUUACCAGUAAUUCGAUUUUAUUACUUUAUUAAUAUAGGAAAAUGUUAAAUUCCUUUCGUGGUGUUUGGGCGGCAAACAUUCAGCUUCAACAGAUAAGAUGUGCGCACAGAAUUCGAGGCAAAGCACCUAUAUUCUGUCGUACAAUCAAGGAACGUUUAGAUGAAUUAAACUAUAAAGAUGAAUUAUAUAGAACUAGAAUUGAUAUCGGUUUGCCUCAAAUGAAAAAAUUAUCAGAAAGUAGCCGCCGUUCAAAACUAGAUCAUUUAAAAAAAAUUAAAGCUGAUAAGAAUUUAGAACAACUGGCACGCAAUCAUACAUUAGAAAUUGAUCUAAAUGAAGCUAAGAAAGAAUGGUUGAAUACUUUGGGUCCUCAGCACAAGAAGCAAAUUGCUGAUCACUAUGGCAUAUUUGAACAUCUGUAUGGAGAAGGGUAUUUUAUACCAUACUUGAAUUUGGAAGUUUUGUAUGAUUUGAAAAAUGGUUCUUACCUACCUGUUUACACUGGAAAUGAUAUAAAGCCUGCUGAAGCACUUGAAUAUCCAAUAGUUAACUAUGAAUCGGACCCAGAUAGUUUGUGGACCCUCGCUCUUACUAGUCUAGAUGGUCAUUUAACAGAGGGUGAUAAAGAGUAUGUACACUGGCUUGUAGCAAAUAUACCUGGGAACUCCAUUGAAAAAGGGGAUACUAUAGUAGAGUACCUGCAGCCAAUACCAUUGAAGGGUACUGGUUAUCACAGAUAUGCUUAUGUGCUUUACAAACAAGAUGGAAACAUUAAUUAUGAUGUAACAAAAGUAACUGCAACCUCACCUUUAGAAGACAGAACAUUUGUGACAAGGGAGUGGUAUCAAAAAUAUCAGGAUAACAUCACUCCUGCAGGGCUUGCUUUUUUCCAAACCAAUUGGGACAUAUCUGUAAGAGAUUUCUUCCAUAAGGUAUUGGAUACCAAAGAACCAGUUUAUGAGUAUGACUUCCCCAAGCCAUACUUGAGGCCACAAGAAUGGUUUCCCCGUAGGAAAGCAUUUAACUUAUACAUGGAUAAAUACCGUGAUCCAAAGCAGAUCAACAAAGAGUACCUGUUGCGUAAAUUAAAGGAUGAGGACCCCUUCAAGGCACCACCACCACCAUUGAAGUUCCCCAAUGCCCAACCCUUCCCUAAAAACAUGCCUUCAUGGUUGAAGCUCCAUGAAAAGAAGAUAAGAUUGGGUUGGGGUAGAGUUAAUGAUGUUUAAGAUUUAUUAAAAUAUUAGGUAGUGCAAAUA